UCAUCUUUCCAUCCCCUUUCUCCCUCGUCCCCCUUCCCCCCUCCAUCCUCCUCCUGCUCCCUCCAUCCUCCUCUCCCCUCCUUCCCCUCACUCCACCCACCCCUCUCCUCCCUCCCCUUCCCCUGCCUCCUACCUCCCUCUCUCCCUCCACUCCUCCCCCUCCCUCCCUUGGCCUCUCCCCUGCACGCUCUGCCCACGCCUGAGGGCAGGGAGUCAUGGGCCGCCUCUCUGCCCGCGCUGCGCUGCGGGGGCUGCUGUGCGGCGUGCGGGCCCCAGGCCCCAAGCUGCUCGCGCGCCCCAGCUCGGGAGGACCCUCCUGGACCCGGGAGCGGACCCUGGUUGCGGUGAAGCCAGAUGGGGUGCAGCGGCGCCUCGUCGGAGAUGUGAUCCAGCGCUUUGAGAGGAGGGGCUUCAAGCUGGUGGGGAUGAAAAUGCUGCAGGCAUCAGAGAGUGUCCUUGCUGAGCACUACCACGACCUGCAGAGGAAGCCCUUCUACCCUGCCCUCAUCAGCUACAUGAGCUCCGGCCCAGUGGUGGCCAUGGUCUGGGAAGGCCCCAAUGUGGUCUGCACUUCGAGGGCCAUGAUAGGACAUACUAACUCAGCUGAGGCUGCCCCCGGCACCAUUCGGGGAGACUUCAGCAUCCACAUCAGCAGGAAUGUCAUCCAUGCCAGUGACUCUGUGGAGGGGGCCCAGAGGGAGAUCCAGCUGUGGUUCGAGAGCAGUGAGCUGGUGGACUGGGCAGACGAAGGCCACCGCAGCAGCACCUACCCAGCCUGAACACUCAGGCUGGCCUUGGUCCCUUCAGCAUCCACCCAGGACCAACUACCUCUGUCAACAAGAACUGAAGCUCACACCCAUGCUCUGCCCAUCCAUCCUAGACCAUCUCCCUGCCCACCUACUGCCUGGCCCCAGCCCAGAGGGGUGGAGCCACUAACUUUAUGUGCCUUUUAGUAUCCUAAGCCAGCAAAAGAUUGGAUCAAAUCCUUUUUGUACCAAAGUGCUACACAAGCUUUGGGGUGUCUCCAAAAGUUGGUAGUGUGACCUCCCUUCCCCCAAAGUGGGGACAUUAAAAUUCAGUGUGCUGUGCA